AUAAAUUUAAAAAAAAAUAAUAACACAUAAUUUGGGAUGGUGGGAAAUUUGGAUUAUUUACCGCUUACGAAUUUUAGUUCUUAAGAAGUCAAGUCAGUUCACAACACCCACAGCCUAACUGAAUUUAUCCCAAUGGGUUCCUUCUGUGUAAAUUUCAUUUCAGCCCUGUUAUUUUCAACUUUCUUGCGCAAUUCAAUAGCUUUGCAUACUAAUUUAGUUACUGAAACUGAACAUGUAAUUCAUCAAAUGUUGGAAUCGGCUAGGCAGCCAGAGUUCUUCGACUGGUUAAAGAGCAUUCGGAGGAUAAUACAUGAGCAUCCGGAACUGGCAUUUGAAGAAUACGAAACGAGUAAACUGAUUAGCAAUGAGUUGGAGUCUUUGGGUAUUAAGUAUAUGUGUGGAGUAGCUAAGACUGGUUUGGUUGGAACAAUUGGAUCUGGAUCUCAACCUUGGUUUGGUUUAAGAGCUGAUAUGGAUGCACUACCUAUUCAGGAAUUGGUAGAUUGGGAGCACAAAAGCAAGAUUAAUGGUAAAAUGCAUGCCUGUGGCCAUGAUGUUCAUGUCGCUAUGCUGCUUGGAGCCGCGAGAUUGCUUCAAAACAGAACGGAUAUGCUGAAGGGCACUGUAAAGCUCGUCUUCCAACCAGCAGAAGAGGGUUAUGGUGGUGCCUCAUAUAUGCUAGAAGAAGGGGUACUGGACGAGUGUCAAGCAAUAUUUGGCUUACAUGUCUCACCACAGUUGCCCAUUGGUACAAUCGGUUCUAGACCUGGUCCGAUCUUGGCUGGUUCAGGAAGGUUCAAAGCAAUGAUACAGGGGAAAGGUGGACAUGGAACAGCUCCCCAUAAAACUAAAGACCCAAUCUUAGCUGCUUCGAUGACAAUUCUUGCACUGCAACAACUUGUUUCUCGAGAAACUGAUCCUCUAGAGCCUAGGGUCGUCUCUGUUGGAUUUGUAAAUAGCGGUCAAGCCGGAAAUGUUAUUCCUACAAGCAUAGAGUUUGGUGGAACAUUUCGGUUCAUGACAUUAGAAGGUUAUUCCUAUCUCCAGCGUCGGAUCAAAGAGGUCAUAGAGUCUCAAGCAGCUGUACAUCUGUGUUCGGCUACUGUCAGUUUCAUGGAAGAAAUGAGGCCGUAUCCACCAACUCUCAAUGAUCCCAAAUUGUAUGAGCAUGCCAGAAAAGUUGGACAAGUCUUGCUUGGUGAGCAUAAUGUGGUGCAUGUCCUUAUUGAGAUGGCUGCGGAAGACUUCAGCUUUUAUUCCCAGAAGAUGGCAGCCGCAUUCUUUAGCAUUGGAACACAAAAUGAAACAAUUACAUCUAGUAGUAUAGAUUUACACUCCCCCUACUUCACUGUCGAUGAAGAGGUUCUUCCCUUGGGAGCUGCUCUCCAUGCUGCUGUUGCCUUUUCGUACUUUGAUCCACAUGCAUUGAUGCAACAAGAAGCAUAGGCGUAUUUUUCUUCAGCAAUAAUCUUGCUUGUAAAUAAACUUCUUCGCGGAGUAUUGAAGAAAUGCUGUAAUUGCAUCUCCUUCAUUCUAUGAUCGCAAUGCAACUCGGUCCUGAAGAUGUAUUUGUUUGAUGAGAGGUAUUCUUUUAUUUUGUC